CGAUCAUUUCACCUUCCCUCUCUUUCACUGUCUUCUCUCAUCUCCGUGACCGUGAAAUUUUCAUCGCAGCCGUAUUUUCUCUCUCCUUCUCCUCCUCCGCCGCAUUUCGUCGCCGGAAAAUCCGCCGUGAAUCUUCCGAUAUCUUCCGAGACAACUCUAUUUUUUUUAAAUUUUCAAGGAAUUAAUUUAGUUUUAGCAAAAGUAUACCUUAUAUUGAAAGCUUCGUGGAACCAUCUUCCUCUUCUUCUUCGUCUUCGUCUUCUUUUUUUUUUUUUUUUUUUUUUUUUUUUGCAUAGAGUCAUCUUCUUUGAACGUUGAAUAUUCAAAACCUGUGAAUUAUUUUAAAAAUAAAAUAAAAGAUAAAAAAGGAAAAUUGCGAUGAUGGUGAAUAGUAGUACAGGGAAUGUUCAGUCUGCCUAUAAGAUUCCGAGUGACAUCGGAGGCGUUUCGUCGCUGACGUUGGCAACUCCUCCUCGUGUCUCCGCUCGCUUUCCGAUCACCGGAAAAUCAUCGCCGAUGAGUCGUGUCCGCCUGCGAAGGAUGUCUUCCGACUACCUCAGGCACGUCGAAUCCAUGUCAGAGAUCCCCUCCGGUGCCGGCAAGAUCUCCCAUUUGAACGCUGUUGUUUUGGGCGAAUCUCUUGCUUCUGAGGAGAAUGAUCUCGUCUUCCCCAGCGAGGAUUUCUCCCGCCAAGCUCUCGUUCCCUCUCCCCAAAAGUACUCGGAGAUGUAUAGAAGAUCGGUCGAAGAUCCGGCUGGGUUCUGGGCUGAUAUUGCAUCUGAGUUUUACUGGAAGCAGAAAUGGGGUGAUCGAGUUUUGUCUGAAAAUCUGGAUGUCAGGAAAGGCCCUAUCCACAUUGAGUGGUUCAAGGGAGGAAUCACCAACAUUUGCUAUAAUUGCUUGGACAGAAACGUUGAAGCUGGUCUUGGUGAUAAAACCGCCAUUUACUGGGAAGGCAAUGAUCCCGGUUUCGAUUCCUCCUUGACUUACUCUGAGUUGCUUCACAGAGUUUGCCAGCUUGCUAACUACUUGAGAGAUAUCGGAGUGAAGAAGGGGGAUGCAGUUGUCAUUUACUUACCGAUGUUGAUGGAACUUCCCAUUGCUAUGCUUGCCUGUGCACGGAUAGGAGCCGUUCAUUCGGUUGUUUUUGCUGGGUUUUCUGCUGAUUCUCUUGCCCAAAGAAUCUUGGACUGUAAGGCGAAAGCAGUAUUGACUUGCAAUGCUGUUAAAAGAGGUCCUAAACUCAUUCUCCUUAAGGACAUUGUUGAUGCUGCUCUUGACCAGUCCUCCAAGAAUGGUGUCUCUGUAGAUGUAUGCUUGACCUUUGACAACUCAUCAGCCUUGACAAGAGAAAACACUAAAUGGAAAAAUGGAAGAGAUGUGUGGUGGAAGGACGUUGUCCCGAAAUAUGAAACAGCCUGCGAGGUGGAAUGGGUUGACGCGGAAGAUCCCCUGUUCUUGCUCUACACCAGUGGGAGUACAGGGAAGCCAAAGGGCGUUCUCCACACAACCGGGGGAUAUAUGGUCUACACUGCUACGACAUUCAAAUAUGCAUUUGACUACAAACCAUCAGAUGUCUACUGGUGUACAGCUGAUUGCGGUUGGAUAACUGGCCACAGCUAUGUUACUUACGGCCCGAUGCUCAAUGGAGCCACCGUUGUUGUCUUCGAAGGGGCUCCGAACUAUCCCGAUCCCGGGCGCUCUUGGGAAAUCGUUGACAAAUACAAGGUUUCCAUAUUUUACACUGCCCCAACAUUGGUGCGGUCUCUUAUGCGCGACGGGGAUAAGUACGUAAAAAGUCAUUCUCGGAAAUCGUUACGGAUACUUGGAAGCGUAGGCGAGCCGAUCAAUCCCAGUGCCUGGAGAUGGUUCUUUAAUGCAGUCGGUGAUUCGAGGUGUCCUAUAUCGGAUACCUGGUGGCAAACUGAAACCGGCGGCUUCAUGAUAACUCCAUUACCAGGUGCAUGGCCGCAGAAGCCUGGCUCUGCAACUUUUCCGUUCUUCGGAGUCCAGCCGGCCAUAGUUGACGAGAAGGGCAAUGAAAUCGAGGGCGAGUGUAGCGGUUACCUAUGCAUGAAAAGCUCGUGGCCCGGGGCAUUUCGGACUCUUUAUGGCGACCACGAAAGAUACGAGACUACGUACUUCAAACCCAUUGCUGGAUAUUAUUUCAGCGGCGAUGGCUGCAGCAGAGAUAAGGAUGGUUACUACUGGCUUACAGGAAGGGUGGACGAUGUUAUUAACGUCAGUGGCCACCGGAUUGGAACUGCAGAAGUGGAGUCUGCUCUUGUAUCACAUCCCCAAUGUGCAGAAGCUGCCGUUGUCGGCGUCGAUCACGAGGUGAAAGGUCAAGGCAUAUACGCGUUUGUCACUCUGGCGGAUGGCGCUGAGUACAGCGAAGAACUCCGGAAAAUUCUUAUACUCACUGUCCGGAAUCAGAUCGGGGCGUUUGCGGCGCCGGACAAGAUUCACUGGGCGCCGGGACUUCCAAAGACGAGAAGCGGAAAGAUUAUGCGUAGAAUCCUCAGAAAAAUUGCGUCGAGGCAACUAGAUGAGCUCGGAGACAACAGCACACUCGCAGACCCCGGGGUAGUCGAUCAACUUAUCGCUCUCACCGAUGUUUGAAUCAUUUUCCCGGCAUUGCACCAAAUCAUAUUGCCAUUGUUCAUACGCUUUCUUCUGAGCUGGAGGCGGCCUCAAAGGGCAAAAUUCUUCGUGGUGGUUCGGAUACUAAUAUAAAGCCUGGGAGGAACAUGGUUUUAGUUUGGCCGCUUUUGUUGUGUUUCAGUUUGUCAAGGCUUCUUCAUUAGUAAAAUGCUACCUAUUCUA